GGGACGCCCUCCGGCCUUUUCUCCCGCCCGGUGCUUUCGUUCUUCCACCACCGAGUCUUUUGAGGUACCCGGGCUACCUCGGGGACCGCGUCCCUCAGACCCUCUUGGGACGCAGCUGAGAGGCGCUGGGAGAUCUGCCCAGACUCGGGCACCCGCGUGCAUUGUAUCAGUACUGUCCCAACCCCAGAGCCGCUGCCACCCUGUGCGUGCAACAGGCACCUAACUUGCUUGUGUUGAAUCCCUAGCCUACACCCGGAGACAGCCCAAGGAUGUCUCAGUGGUACGAGCUUCAGCAGCUGGACUCCAAGUUCCUGGAGCAGGUUCACCAGCUGUAUGAUGACAGUUUCCCCAUGGAAAUCAGACAGUACCUGGCCCAGUGGCUAGAAAAGCAAGACUGGGAGCACGCUGCCAACGAUGAUUCCUUUGCCACCAUCCGUUUCCAUGACCUCCUUUCUCAGCUGGAUGACCAAUAUAGCCGCUUUUCUUUGGAGAAUAAUUUUUUGUUGCAGCAUAACAUAAGGAAAAGCAAGCGCAAUCUUCAGGAUAACUUCCAGGAGGAUCCUGUACAGAUGUCCAUGAUCAUCUAUAACUGUCUGAAGGAAGAGAGAAAGAUUUUGGAAAAUGCCCAAAGAUUUAAUCAGGCGCGGGAGGGGAACAUUCAGAACACUGUGAUGUUAGAUAAACAGAAGGAGCUGGACGGCAAAGUCAGAAACGUGAAGGACCAAGUCAUGUGCAUAGAACAUGAAAUCAAGACACUAGAAGAUUUACAAGAUGAAUAUGACUUCAAGUGCAAAACCUCGCAGAACAGAGAAAGUGAAGCCAACGGUGUGGCAAAGAAUGACCAAAAGCAAGAACAGCUGCUGCUCCACAAGAUGUUUCUAAUGCUUGACAACAAGAGAAAGGAGAUAGUUCACAAGAUAAGAGAGUUGUUGAAUGCCAUCGAGCUCACACAGAACAACCUGAUUAACGAUGAGUUAGUGGAGUGGAAGCGAAGACAGCAGAGCGCCUGUAUCGGGGGGCCACCCAACGCUUGCCUUGACCAGCUGCAAAGCUGGUUCACCAUUGUCGCAGAGAGUCUGCAGCAGGUCCGUCAGCAGCUUAAAAAGCUGGAGGAGUUGGAACAGAAAUUCACCUAUGAACCGGACCCUAUUACAAAAAACAAGCAGGUGUUAUCAGAUCGCACCUUUGUCCUCUUCCAGCAGCUCAUUCAGAGCUCAUUUGUGGUGGAACGGCAGCCCUGUAUGCCAACUCAUCCUCAGAGGCCAUUGGUUUUGAAGACUGGGGUACAGUUCACUGUGAAGUUGAGACUGCUGGUGAAAUUACAAGAGCUGAAUUAUAAUUUGAAAGUGAAAGUCUCAUUUGAUAAAGAUGUGAACGAGAGAAACACAGUGAAGGGAUUCCGGAAGUUCAACAUUUUGGGCACACACACAAAAGUGAUGAACAUGGAGGAGUCCACCAACGGAAGUCUGGCAGCCGAGUUCCGACACCUGCAACUGAAAGAACAGAAAAAUGCUGGCAACAGAACUAAUGAGGGGCCUCUCAUCGUCACCGAGGAACUUCACUCUCUUAGCUUUGAGACCCAGUUAUGCCAGCCAGGCUUGGUAAUCGACCUCGAGACCACCUCCCUGCCCGUCGUGGUGAUCUCCAACGUCAGCCAGCUCCCCAGUGGUUGGGCAUCUAUACUGUGGUACAACAUGCUGGUGACAGAACCCAGGAACCUCUCCUUCUUCCUGAACCCACCAUGUGCGCGCUGGUCCCAGCUCUCCGAGGUCCUGAGCUGGCAGUUUUCAUCAGUCACCAAGAGAGGUCUCAAUGCAGACCAGCUGAGCAUGCUGGGAGAGAAACUUCUGGGUCCUAAUGCUGGCCCUGAUGGCCUUAUUCCAUGGACAAGGUUCUGUAAGGAAAAUAUUAAUGAUAAAAACUUCUCCUUCUGGCCUUGGAUUGACACCAUCCUAGAGCUCAUUAAGAAGCACCUUCUCUGCCUCUGGAAUGACGGGUGCAUCAUGGGCUUUAUUAGCAAGGAGCGGGAGCGUGCUCUGCUCAAGGACCAGCAGCCCGGGACGUUCCUGCUUAGGUUUAGCGAGAGUUCCCGGGAAGGGGCCAUCACAUUCACGUGGGUGGAGCGGUCCCAGAAUGGAGGCGAACCCGACUUCCAUGCGGUUGAACCCUACACGAAGAAAGAACUAUCAGCUGUUACUUUCCCAGAUAUUAUUCGCAAUUACAAAGUGAUGGCUGCCGAGAAUAUUCCAGAGAAUCCCUUGAAGUAUCUGUACCCCAAUAUUGACAAAGACCAUGCCUUUGGGAAGUAUUACUCCAGGCCGAAGGAAGCACCAGAGCCAAUGGAACUGGACGACCCUAAGAGAACUGGAUACAUCAAGACUGAGUUGAUUUCUGUGUCUGAAGUGCACCCUUCGAGACUUCAGACCACGGACAACCUGCUUCCCAUGUCUCCAGAGGAGUUUGAUGAGAUGUCCCGGAUAGUGGGCCCUGAUUUUGAUAGUAUGAUGAGCGCAGUAUAAUCACGAAUUUCUCUCUUCUCUGGAGACAUUUUUUCUUCCCAUCUGUGAUUCCCUCCUGCUACUGUUCCUUCACAUGCUGUAUCUCUAGGGAAAUGCAAGAAAGAACAACACAUUUGUUGCACCCUGUUGAUAGCAAGUGGCUAUUUCUCUAAUUAGAAACCUGUUACUCUGAAGGACUUCAUGCAUUUUACUGAAGGUGAAAUGGAAAGUCACUUAUGCAAAAUAUAUUCUGUGAACAAAAAACAGAUCCAUCCAAGGCAUCGGGACUAGAGUGCGAGUGUUUUGGGAAAGGUGAGAAAUAUAGUAACAUCCAGUAAAUGCUGUGUAGUCAGGGCCCAACUGCUACACGUCACUGAACAGAUGCACAGUUAUGGGGACCUCUUGAUGUAGGAAUAUUUCUGUCCUGAAGAUACUGGUGUAUCCCCUCUGCUUGAUGACUGGAAGUCUUCCACUGUUUUACCUAUGGCACAGUUCAAAGCCCACUUUAUAUACAAUGAUAUUUCAAACUGUAGUGGACACCCUCCUCUGAGUAGGAGGAAACAUCUUCUGCACUGGCCACGUAUAACUAAAGGCACAAUUGCUGUCUGCAGAGAGUUAGCUUUGUUGUUGGCUAUGGCUAAAUGAAACUAAAUACCCAUAGAAGAAAGAACAUUUCUGUUUAAUAUAUACUCCACCAAGCUAAGUGGUUUUUGCUGUCAUUUUGGUCACCAGUUGAAUAAAACUAUCUUUGCACAUCCAUUAAGGGAGCCAGCUUUCUUAAGGCAGAUACUUUUUUAAUGUUGAAAUUAGAGAUCUAGAUAAACCUGGCAGUUCUAUUCAUGUUCUUAAAUAGGCUGCCUUUAUUGUUUUUAGCUGGUUGUCUUAAUUAGCCAUAAAAUUGGAGAAAAAAAGGUAGUAGCUGACUUGAAUUGUUAGUCAACUAUGAGUAUCAAAUAAUUUCAAAACACAACCUAUAUUACAGCACUGAGAACUAUUUUUCACUGAUAAAUGUGUUUUUCUGACAGUUACAUUCACAAAAGGUUCCACGGUCUGUCCUGUGUCUUGUAACACACCUUUUCGAGGGACGAUGUUUUAUAGCAUGUGCUGUUUUUCUCACUUUCUUCAGUGGUACCAGCACAGUUCAGUAGGUCAAGUGUUGUGUUGGUUGGCAAGUUUCUUCUGGGCAGCUGUCACAGACUGCUGUCCAUGCAUCUGUAUCUGUCUUCCAUUGUCACCACCACAGCUGUGUUGUCCCAUAAUCCUUUGUUUUACUUGGGUGGCGACAAGUCCACUUCAAACCCCAAGGCAAGUGUGUACAGCGCUAAGCAUGCACAGGCCUUUCCUUAGCCCCACACAGAAACGGAGGCCCCCUCUCUUUCUGUGUACAGAGCGGGACUAGCUGGGCUUGCACAGACUCUUAAAUUGAAAUGAUCAAGGAACGAAACAUUUAAAAAGUACUGUUUCUGAAUGCUGAGAUCUAACUGUUGCUAUGCUGUCUAUUGAGAAUAGUUGCUACAGUUUCAUUCUGCUGAACUGAGACUUUGAGAAAUGUUAAAAUGAUGUUAGUCUCCUGUUAGUAUUUAAUAUAUAAAGAUAUUUAAAAUGUC